AAAUUUUUGAAUUUGAAUUUUUAAAAAUAAUAAUUAAGUCAAAGGUGUCAAUGUCUGCGUUGCCAAUUUUACAAUUUACCAAUAAAAUUAUUAAUUAUUAAUUUUUAAAAAAUUGAUAUUUUUUUAGAUUUUUUUCCCACUUGUUACUAAGCAAAAAAAAUAAAAUAAGUGACGUGUAAUAUAAAGUAGAUGUUUUAAAUUUGCGGUGAUGAAUUUCACAAGUAAAACAAUAAAUUUCUGAUAAAGUAUACGAUAGAUAUAUAAAAAUAACGUGAUAUGGAAUAUUCAACAAUAAUAUCACGAGUUAGAAUAAGAUUCAUCUGUUUAUUUAUCAGUGUGUUAUUUUCAACACAUUGUUGUGUUCUUGGUUAUAACGAUGUGACAAUUGAGAAAAUAAAUUCAAAUGAUAAUUUGCCGCAAGUACAAUGGAUUUUUUAUGAUAGAAAUUUAACAACCGGUUCAAAUAGAAUAAAACGAUCAGCGGUUAAUGCACAACUAGAACCUCAUAAUUUUAUUGAAGAUCCCAAGUGUCGUGAAGAUGUUAAACGAUUAUGCGGUGCUAUGGAUAAUAAUAAUGAUGAUUUGUUCAUGUUGGAAUGUGUACAAACAUUUAAGCCAAAUGAAGUAGCAGCAAUCGACGAAAAAUGUCAGCACGAUAUUUGGAAGCACAUCGUUAAUUUAACGAAGAAUGAAAACAUACAGAGAUUACUUAGAAAAGCAUGUGGUGACGGGAUUGAUGAACUGCAGUGUUCUGCGGAUAAAGAACCAGGAAGUUAUCUCGCAUGUCUGAUAGAAAAACGUGAAAACGUAAAAGACCAGCAGUGUUCUGAGUACAUCCAGCGAUUAGAGUGGAUCGCAUUCAGUGAUUUUCGUAUCGUAACGCCGAUGGUAAACGACUGUCAGCGUGAUAUUGAUAAAUUUAAAUGUGGGAGGAUCCAGCCUUAUCGAGAAAUAUCCCAGGGGCAGAUACUCGCUUGCCUGCAGGUCCACAUCGAAGAGCUAAAUUCAAAAUGUAAAAAACGUAUUCUAAAAGUAUCCGAAAUCCAAGCCGACAAUAUUAAAUUAGACAGACAACUGUACAUGGCAUGCAGACAAGACCACAUUAGAUUCUGUUCAAACAUACGUCCAGGCAGUGGUCAAGUCUACAAAUGUUUGAUGCAGUACAAAUUCGAUCGCGCCAUGACCAAGCAGUGUCACGAUCAAUUAACAAGACGCGAAAGAUUGAUAUCAUCGGACUAUAAAAUAAGCAAAGGUCUCGCUAAAGCUUGCAAAGAAGAUAUCAAAAAUAAUCAUUGUCGUAAGUACGUAUCCGAUGACAAAGAAAUCCGUCUUGCCCAAAUAUUACUCUGUCUUGAAUCGGCGUUUAAAAACGGAAGUAAAAUAGAUCCUGAUUGUCAACGAGAAAUGUUCGAUCACCGCAAGAUGUUGAUGGAGGAUUACAGUUUAUCACCCGAAAUAGUUGACAGCUGCGCCAAAGAUAUAUCAGAUCACUGCAAUGGUCUCAAAGACGGCGGUGUUACCAUUCAUUGUUUAAUGAAACACAUCAAGACACGUAAAAAAGGUUCCCAAGUAUCAGUUGAAUGUCAGCGUGCCGUCGAGUCGCUGAUUAAAGAAACAGAUGCUGGUGAAGAUUGGCGAGUUGAUCCGGUUUUGCGUGAAGCCUGUCAACCGGUUGUCGAUUCUUCUUGCCGUGAUGUCACCGGUGGUAAUGCCCGCGUUAUUUAUUGUCUUAUGGACAAACUUGGUACCGAUAGAAUGCUGGCCGGUUGUGAGGCAGCGCUCAUACAGAUUCAGUACUUUGUUGCGAGAGAUUAUAAGCUUGAUCCCCAGCUUUACAAAGCAUGCAAAGCGGAUGCCGUUCAGUUGUGUAGCGCCAAGACAGCCUGGUCUGAUGACGGCAGCCAAAUGGAUCCUGAACGAGGUCCUCUGAUACUUCCCUGUCUUUACAGAUACGCGCAUACUUACAAUUACAACAAUAAUUUUAAUAUUAACACAAAUAGUGUGCAGAAAAAAAAUGACAUGUCUAAUUUAAGCUUAAGACCAGAAUGUCUAGAGGAAAUCAGGCGUGUAAUGAGACAACGCGCCAUCAGCGUUGACUUACAGCCCGAAAUAGAGCAGGCGUGUUUCAAUGAAUUAGCGAGUUAUUGUUACGACAAAACAGGACGUGGAGAAGAAGUUCUGUGUCUUCAAGAUAAUUUUGAGAGGUUGAGUGACAAAUGCAAACAAGUUAUCGGUAAUUUAACGCAAGAUCAAGCGGAACGAGUUGAAUUAAAUCCCGUUAUAAUGUCAUCGUGUCAACGAGUUAUGGAAAAAUACUGCGAGGAUGUAUACAAGUAUGGAAAAGACGAAGGAGACAUGAUGGAAUGUUUAAUUGAUCAUAAAAAUGACUUGGAUCAUUUCGAGUACAAGUGCAAGGCAGCUAUUGAACAUUUCCAAUUGAUAUCAUUGCAAAAUUAUCACUUUACUUAUAAAUUUAUGAAGGCCUGCAAGCCACAUGUUGAUCGCUGGUGCCAAAAAGCCACCACUAAAUCAAAAGUUAUCGAGUGUUUGAGUACUAUUGUACAUGAUGAUAUCGUCAAAGAGAGCCAGCACAGAAUAUUGAAGGAUUGCAGACAACAGCUGAGAGCACAGCUAUAUCAACAAAGAGAAAAUAUACGUCUGGAUGUUACUUUACAGAAAGCAUGUGCUGGUGAUAUUCAGCAGUUGUGCAAUCAAGUUGAACCUGGCAAUGCUCAGGUAUUGGAAUGCUUGGCAUCGAAAAAAAAUAAAUUAUCGGAAUUGUGUCACAAGCAACUUUUUAAAGUGAGACAACAAGACUUUCAGGACAGCUCGAGUGACUUUUUACUGCUCAACACAUGUCGAUCAAUGAUGAAACAAUACUGUCUCGAUGAUAAUGAUAAAUCUAAAGCGCUUGAGUGUCUUAAGAGGUGGAAAGACGAGCCGGCUUUUGAUGAAAAAUGCAAGAAUGUUGUAUUGAAGCGUAUGAUCGAACAGAAUACUGAUUAUAGAUUCAAUGUUGCUCUGCAGUCAUCUUGCUCACGUGAUAUUGUCAGUCAUUGCCAAGAGGUAUUGAAUAACCAGCCGAUAGACAAAGAGCUGGAGGGAAAAGUCAUUAAUUGUUUGAAAAUUAAAUUCAGAGAGGGUAAAUUGAAUAAUAAGUGUAUGAAGCAAAUGACUGUUAUACUUCGUCAGGCAGCUCUUAAUUAUCAUCUGAAUCCUUUGCUUGCUACACUCUGUGCUCAGGAGAUCGAAACAAUUUGUCAUGCUGAUGAUGAUGACCCGGGAAAAGUCGAGGAGUGUUUGAAGUUAGAGUUUAAUAAUAAUAAUCCAGAGAUGAAGGAGGAAUGCCGUGUAGAGAUUGCUAAUCUCAUUGAAGAAGCCAAAGCAGAUAUUCAUAUUGACCCUUUGCUACAGAAGGCUUGUAGUGUUGAUAUUGUUAAAUAUUGUAGUGAUAUUCCUCAAGGAAAUGGCAGACAUAUUGGUUGUCUACAAACAGUAAUGACUGAUAGUAAAAAAUCAUUGCAACCAGAUUGCCAUAAAAUGUUAUCAACAAGAAUAGAAAUGUUUAAAAAUGCCGCCAAAUUACAUCUGCCAAAUUCAAUCCAAGAACUUUAUUCAACAGUAAAUCAAUCACCGUCUAGAAAAUAUUUUAUAAUUGUCGCAUUAACGAUGACUGGUAUUAUUUUUAUUGCUGGUUUAUUUUGUGGCCGAGUUACCCGGCGAACUAUGAGAAUGAUGAAAAAUAAGUGAAAUUUAUCACUCGCGCAUUGUGAUUAGAAAUAAUUUUUAAUUAUCAAAGUAAUUUUUUCGGGAAAAAACAAAAAAAAUUAUCACGCGUUGAACAAAAUAUUUUUAAAAUUAAUUUUUAUACGAACAAAAAUUUUUUAAAUCUUUUUUAUAAAUUAAUACGUAAUUUUUAUAAGACAAGAAAUCAAAUGUUUUUUUUGUCUUCCAGCCGUCGAAUAAAAUUUUAAUUUUUUUUAAUUAACUCGUAAAUCACGACACCAAAUGCACACAAUAGUUUCUAUUUUUACGUAACGCAUUUAAAUUAUCUAACAAAAAAAAGAACAAAUAUAUGAAAUAUUAAAAUCCGAAGAUAAUGAAAUUUCACUCCUCUUGCACCGACAAUAUUAAUAACUAUUUGUAUGUAAAUUUAAUUAUUAAUAAGAGAUAGAGUGCAUUUAUUCGGGUUAUCAAUUAAAAAAUUGUAAAUACGGAUAUAUUUAUCUUAGAAAAAUAAACUUUUUAUUAAACAAAUAAAUAAAUAAACAAUUAGUUUAGUUUAUUAAUAUGAAGAAGAAAAUAUUCCAUCGGACAAAAAUAUAUUAAUGUAAGAUGAAAGUAUAUGAAUUGGUGAUGUGAUCAUGUUCUUAAACGAGUACUGAAUCAUUUUAAAGAAAAUAUAUUUGUAAGAAAAAAAAAUAAAAAUAAUUUGUAAUCAUAAA